UCACCGCUGGGUGGCUGCCGGAGUGACGCCAGCGUCUUUAACUAAAGGCUCUCAGACCACGCUAGGCUGAGAGAUGACUGAGGAGGAUACGGAAAGCGUGGCCACUGAAUCCCAGACAGAGGAAGAUGGCGAGCUGCCUGUCAUCCAAUUGUGCGGGCUGGUGGAGGAGCUCAGCUAUGGAAACUCGGCUCUCAAAACAGAAACAGAGAUGUUCGAGAAAUAUUACUGUAGACUGGAACCCAGGGACCACCGAAUGCCACGGUUAUCGGAAUAUAAAAUAUCAGCGGCAGAAUUUUCACAGUUACGAGGUAGGCGUAAAUCCAAGAUCCGCACAGGCAUGGACCGUUUGACAGGCCUCACUGUAGAUCAAAAGCUUGACCUUGUACAGAAGGAGCUGGAAGACUCCAGAGAUGAAAUACGGCACAUGCGGGCCAAUGCGGAACGGGACCUGCAACACCAUGAGGCUAUCAUCGAGGAAGCUGAUAUUCGGUUGUCUGAAAUUCAGAGAGCGGUGCAUGACUUUGAAAAAGAUAUUGUGAAAACUAUAUCCAAGAAGAAAGGAAGCAUUUUGGCUACUCAGAAAGUGAUGAAAUACAUCGAGGAUAUGAACCGCCGGAAGGAUAGUAUGAAGGAUAAAUUAUGUUUGAAAAAUGUUUCUCUCAAAGUUCAGAAGAAAAAGAUGCUUUUACAAUUGAGGCAGAAGGAGGAGGUGGGCGAGGCCCUGCACGACGUGGUCUUUCAGCAGUUGAAAAUCGAGAACGCUCAGUUUCUAGAGACGAUUGAAAUGAGGAAUAAAGAACUGAUCCAGCUGAAGCUAGCCUCUGGGAACACCCUGCAGGUUCUCAACUCCUACAAAAACAAGCUUCAUCGGGCAAUGGAGAUUUACAACAGUCUGGACAAGGAAAUCAUGAUGAGAAAUGACCUACUUGGGAAAAUUGAAAGAGAAACCAUACAAGUAGAGGAGGACAGGGCCAAGGCCUACGCCUUGAACAAAAAGUUACGGAAGCAGCUGGCUGAGUUCCGGGCCCCACAGGUGAUGAUGUACGUGAAGGAGAAGAUCAUGAACAGGACCCUGGAGAAGACCAUCAAGAUGUGGGAGAGGAAGGUGGAGAUCGCGGAGAUGUCUUUAAAAGGGUACCGGAAGGCCUGGAAUAAAAUGAAAACAUCGGAUGAGGAGCUACAGACUAUUUAG